GCUUUUCACUGUUUAUCUGAACUGAACGUCCACAAAUGUAGAUGCAGGAAGCCGCAAUGAGAGCGUUUUGUCCGAGUCCCGUCGUCUAACCCUAUGGACAUUUGUUCGUCGUGUCGUUUCGUGUCCGCGGCGGACGGUGGAAAUGCGGAGGCCGACGAGAGACGAGGACUGUCCGUGUACGAGUCAACGUUACCGGGGAUGAAGCGGACGUGUUGUGUCUGACUCUCACUCUAUCCUCAGAACCAGGCAUCAUCUUUUUAAAACUUCCAAAAUGAGGAUCUUCACGUCUCUGCUGAAAAACGCCAAUCCCAAAAUCGAGUAUUACUCCAGAUUUUCACCGUCCCCACUCUCCAUCAAACAGUUUCUGGAUUUUGGCAGGGACAAUGCAUGUGAGAAAACAUCUUACAUGUUCCUGCGUAAGGAGCUGCCCGUUCGGCUGGCAAACACCAUGAGAGAGGUCAACCUGCUGCCUGACAAACUGCUUAGCCAGCCCUCCGUCAGACUGGUCCAGAAAUGGUACAUGCAGAGCUUUGUGGAGCUGCUGGAUUAUGAGAACAGAAAACCAGAGGACCGUCACGCUCUGAACGAUUUCCUGGAGCUCCUGAUCGAGAUCCGUAACCGUCACAACGAUGUGGUUCCCACCAUGGCUCAGGGCGUCAUCGAGUACAAAGAGAAGUUCGGCUUUGACCCCUUCAUCAGCAGCAACAUCCAGUAUUUCCUCGACCGCUUUUACACCAACCGCAUUUCUUUCCGCAUGCUCAUCAACCAGCACACCCUCCUGUUUGGUAACGACACCAACCCGGCCCAUCCCAAACACAUAGGCAGCAUCGACCCCACCUGCAGUGUGGCCGAAGUCGUCAGCGAUGCCUAUGACACUGCCAAGAUGCUGUGUGAGAAGUACUACUUAGCCGCUCCCGGGCUCAAGAUCGAAGAGUUCAACAUGAAGGCUCCCAAAAAGCCCAUUCAGGCGGUGUAUGUGCCCUCUCAUCUCUUCCACAUGUUGUUCGAGCUCUUCAAGAACUCAAUGAGAGCGACGGUGGAGCUUCAUGAGAACAGUAGUGAGGGAUUGCCUCCAGUGAAGGCAAAAGUCACUCUGGGUAAAGAGGAUCUCUCGAUAAAGAUCAGUGACAGAGGAGGAGGAGUCCCUCUGAGGAAGAUAGACCGUUUGUUCAACUACAUGUACUCCACUGCCCCGACACCAAGCCUGGAGCCAGGAGCCGUCCCACUGGCCGGUUUUGGCUAUGGUUUACCCAUUUCCAGGCUCUAUGCCCGAUACUUCCAGGGGGAUCUGAAACUCUACUCCAUGGAGGGAGUGGGCACGGAUGCUGUCAUUUAUCUGAAGGCUCUGUCCAGCGAGUCCUUUGAGCGCCUGCCUGUCUUCAACAAGUCAGCGUGGCGGCAUUACAAGACCAGCCCCGAGGCGGACGACUGGAGCAACCCCAGCAAAGAGCCACGCGACGCCAGCAAGUCCAAAUACAAAGCCAACAGAUAACUCUGCCCAGCUUGCAAAAGCAAAGCCCUCCGCCGGGAGCCGCAGCGCCCGCACCCUGCGCAGAGCGAUGAAAUGUUGCCCUUGGGUAGACGCUUGGUUUAGGAUCAGACUUGGUUUUACAUUCCAGUGGUUAAAAGUUUGGAAAGGAUGGAUGACCUUGACUUAAAUCUGUACCCAAAGGCAAUGACCUUCAUCAGCGUAGCUUUCAUUGUUGUGGCAUUACCACUGGCUCUCCCAAGAUGGAAUUUUAAAAUGAACCUCUUCCAAAUUACAGAUCCCCAGUGUCUAACCCCAUUUACCAAAUAACAAAAAACAAAAACAAACAAACAAAAAAAUGGUUGUUCUGGUGAAUCUUCAUGUUCUCAAACCAAAUUUUCUGCGUUACUUCCAUCUCUCCCUCUGUCUCAUGCACUUUGGCCCGCCUCAUCUUUGCUGACUAGGCUGCUGCUCCCUGUGGCUGAAAAAGCCUUGCACUGCUGAUUGAGUGUCUUUCCCACCAUCAGCGAGGGCUUGUAUUCUGUUUCUCGCUCUCAAAACACAAGCAGAGUCGGGGGGGUUGAGUUUCAGUGCAAAUGGGAAGAGGAGGAGGUUUCAUUUCCUUCCUUUGGGAGACACUUUUGACUGAACGCACAAUUAGGCCAGUGUGUCACUGGCAUAGCAAAGACUUGUUUUGGUUACAGUCAGUUUUAGCCUGAGAAAAUUUCAAAGGAGAUUAUUUAAAGAAGAGAAAAUAAUAGCACUUAAACGACUAGAGGAAGCAGUAGUGUUUAUAUUAUCAUGUCAAAGACAGAAAGCCUUACUUCUGGAAACUUACACCAUGUUUGAUGUUUAAAAAAAAAAAAAUGCCUCAAAGGCUCCACUGGAACUUUAAGAAUAUUUAUGAAGUUGAGUAUUUUGUUUAUCUUUUAUUUGUUUAGUUUAACUCUCAAAAGUUAACCAGCCACCUACAGUCCAUGGAAAGACCCUCAUCAGACAUUUCAGCUUGUAAUCCAGCUCUGUGCUUUGAUUUAACUCCUUAUCAACCAAAGGGGCUGAUGCUCUUGAAACGCCACCAUGACAGCGUCGUCUGUCAAGUAGCUUCGACCACACCAGCAUGACGUAUUGUGUAAAUGCUCACAGAAGGGAAUGGACCUGUUGCAGCACGCAAAGACUAUAAAAAAGAGGAUUGCAUCAUUACUUUGUACAUUUCUUCAUUUCAUCCUGCAACUUGGUCAGACCUGCCAUGGUGGAUAAACAACAUGCGCACAGCUUGGACCUGCUUUUCUAACAGUGCUUCAUCCAGUCAGCCUCGUGUCUCGUCGUGUAUUACUAAUCCUCACAGUCUUCUGGACGAGUUUGAACAAAGCUUGUGUAUUUUUUUCAAAAAUGUGCUUGUGUUUUAUUGUCGUGAGUGAGAAUGACAGAAUUAGAAGAUGCAGCUAAAAUCCAGGAGGAGUUGAUGCUUGACAGGUUUUGAAUGAUUUCAUGCAGGAACAAAGACGGUUCAGGACGGUGCACUAUUUUACUUUACUUUUUGUUAUUGAUGUUAGCACAGGAUUGCUUUUUGAUGAUCUUUUAAUGAUUGUAGGUUUGCUGACUGCUUGAUUUUUCUUUAUUUAUUCAUUAGGGAGUCAUGCAAGUUGAGUGUGUGGAAAAGCUGGCGGGGGAGAAUGUGGUCAGGGGAACAGAAUUUCCAACCACUUCAACGUCUCUGGGCACUUAAUAUCCGAUUUUUGUCACAUGGUUCAUAUUCAGGAGCAUUUUUAGCGCACUUUAAUAACCCUUCCUGUAUAUUUUGCUUCAAAAAGCUUUCAUACAAUCAUUUCAGACCUGCCGGGAAGUAAUUACGAUCAGGUCGGCACUUCAUAUAGCAGCGUAAUUCUUGGAACUACUAAACAAGACCUAUCCGAACCCACUUGGUCAAAACGGAUGAUGGUGAAUUUUAACAAUCUAAAGUGGCUUUCUUUUCCCACUUCCUUUAGCUGCCUUUCAUCUGCCAUGAAAAGAAAGAAGAAUUGAGAAUGGAAAACUUCAUCCCCCCUGCAGGUUCUUGGCUUCACUGUCAGAUUUCAUCACUGCCAAUGCCUUUGUAACCUGCCAGUCUCACUCGAUGACAAACCUGCUGUAAAGGAAGUGCUGCGUUAUAGGUUAGCAGCUGAUGUGUAGGUUAACAUGUGGUCCGGUCAUUAUCUCCUCAAAUUCACAUCUUGAUCAAAUUCCAGUUUUCAUGAUUUAAAGGAUCAAGGAUCUUCCACCAUCAGUAACCGUCAACCUUUACUGUUAAAGACUGUCUCUGUACUUAGGGUGUUGUAGAAAAUAUUACAUAUAUAUAUAGCUAUAUAUAAUGUGUAUAUACAGCCAGUGUGGAGUGAUCGCUUUGUUUUCCAUCCUGCUGUACAUCCAGCCUAAAAGAUGUAUUUGUAUGCGCCUCAGUGUGGAGGCAGUCAUGCAGAGAUAUGCAAGCAAUGCAACAUUCACCAAAAAAAAAAAAAAAGUGUUCGAGCAGUCUCAUGAUGUGAUUCAGCAUGAAAUCAACUUACAGCACCAACUGUCAAACCUGGCAAUAAAGAAAACUGCUGUUGUGUGUGAUCCAU